AUGAGUUCAUAUAAGGAUGAAGAGGAUAGUGAUUUUAGGCCAAUAACAAGAGAUUAUUUAAAAGAACUAAAGGGUGAACCUCAAGAGCAAUAUGAUGACUUUGAUAUUGCAGAAUUUCGAUCUUUCUUUGAAUCAUUAGAUCAAAACGAUCUAGAAGCCCGUAUUGGUGUGUUAGAGCAAGUAUUCAACUAUUUGAACAAUUUUAUUAUCAAAGCAUAUAAAAUUCAAAAAUUUGAUUCAAUAUUAUUGAUAUAUGAUGAGUUGGAUAGCUUUCAAUUAAUGGACUUUCUAUUUAAUAGCCUUUCAAUUGCUAAUAGGCCAAUUAUUAUUGAAUUAACGUUGAAAAUCAUUGCCUUGCUAUUUUGCGCUGAAUCUGAUGAUGAAAUCAUAUUAUUAUCAAGAAUGAAUCACGAUAUAUUCCAAAUGAUCAUAGAUAUUGCAAAAUCACCAAAUGUAGUUUCAGAAGUUCAAAUUCCUCCAUUGCAGUUUGUUUCUAUUCGAAAAUUUGCUUUAAAUUGCAUAUUAAACAUUACAAUGACUUAUUCAGAAUAUAUUAAUGACAUCGAACAACAAUUUGACGAUUUCAUUCAAAUAAUUUUAAAUGACGAAAGACCAGAGUGCGCUGAGGAUCUCAUAUCAACAUGCGCUUCAAUAUUAAGUGUUAAUCAUGAUGCAUGCAAUAUUGAAAAACAAUUUAAUUUCUUUAAAGCCAAUAUUGUUAUUGAAGAUAAGCCUAUACAUAGUUCUUUUUAUGGUUGCAUUCAAUGUCUCGAAUAUGCAGAUCAAUCACAAAAAACACUUUUUUCAAAUGAAUUUAUUACAGAUUCAUUUAUUAUUAUGGCAUUAAACAACAUUCAUCCAGCACAAUCAAAAAUAUUUAUUGAUGUUUUAUGUUUACUUAAGAUUAUAUUGGAAUAUUGUGAUAUAAAUUUGCAGAAUGAUUUAGUUUCAAUUAUUCCAUGGGAUAAUAUAAUAAGUCAAGAGUUAUUAGAACAUUCUGAAUAUGCAUCAGAGAUUCUUGAGCAUUUAAACAGCAUUUGCAAAGUCGUUAGUAACUAUAUCAGUUCUUUGAUGAACAACAACUGCUUUUCAAACAUAUUUACUUUAUUUUUUAACGGGCAGUAUGAAAUUAAAAAGGGAUCAUUCUUUGUCAUUUGCACAAUCUUUGAUUAUUGUGAUGUUGAGCAAAAAAUCGAAGUUUUCACAAAAACUCCUUUCUUAGAGAUUCUUGCAAAUAUGGUUGAUGAGGAUGAUCAUAAAUUCCUUGGAGAAGUUCUCGUAUUUGUAAUAGAUCAAAUGCAAGAAAUUGAUGACCAAGAAGCAGCAGCGGCAUUUAAUGAAAAUUUCAUAAAUGAUGAAUUUAUGGAAUCUGCAUCAUCUCUUUUAGAUGAUGAAGAUGAAGAUAUUAGAAUUAUUGCAGAACAUUUCUUUAGGUUAUGCUCAGGUGAGGAAGAGGAAGGGCUAAUGUUCUAA